AUGGUGACACGCGGUUUCCACAUUGUUCUCUGCGGCCGUCGAUACUUCGUAUAUGGGUAUGAUGGUGAUGCUUAUCCCAGCGGACUAGGCCGAAAUAUCGUGGAUGACAUACCCAACGACGAACGACUUUAUCAAGACUGGCUUCAACGGGAACGCGAGAAAGUCAAAUGCUAUGUUGCAGAUCUCGAAAAGACUGCUUUUACUGUGACGAAAAGCACGCUGGCGAAAGGCCGCUCCAGUGAAACACUGCAAGACACCUACGAGCCGACGUGGAGUUUGAUCGACGGUCUCACAUCGCUCCCCUCCUCGUUAUGUGAUGUGGAGAGACAUGAAUGGAUAUAUCUCGUUGAUCUAGACAGCGAGCUCUUCUCCAUCAACAAUUGGAUGGUCUUCGAACUCGACGAUAUUCCGCGCGAUCGUUGGAUCCCAGCCGUUCUGCAUGGAGAAGGAGAGGAGAGGGACGGCCAAAAGCGCGCUUUUGAGCUCUGCCCCGAGGCCGGAUGGAGAAUAGAUCCACCCGAUUAUUUCCCCCUCAGCCAAGGACCUCAGCGAGACGAAUACCGUUCCCUGUAUCGACGGUACGAUGUCUCAAUAGUCGCACCGAUUGAACAUGAUACCAUCGGUGCGAGGACAUCGUGGGGUCCAUCUGUUGCGGGGGCAAUCUUUCAUCAUUGA